AAAAAACUGGAUGACCAGCCAAACUCCAUGGCGGAACUUUUGGCACAUAAAUACACCGCGGACUACGACGAGUACCGGAAGCAGUGGCGAGAAGUCGAUAAUCUGAUGAAACCACGAGCCAGUUGCAAGCCUAUUGUCCCGAAGGUGUUCAACACUAAUCCACUAGUCAAGAAAAAGAAAUGCUCUGGUCUCAUAAGGUUGGAUAAGGUGGAACUAAAGCCCCGUCAAAUGGCUGCCCAACUGACUGUUAUCACAUUUCGUGUCAUGUGA